UGCUUUAGGGAGGUUAUGGCAACAAAAUUUGUUGGUGAGAACCUAAGCUGUGUCAAGUGGGUUCCUUUGAGUAAUUCGGUAUUGGACAGAGCAAGCCUUUGCGUAACAGUUGGCAAAGGUUCCAGUAAUAAAUCAGUUAGUCUAUGGGAGUGUUCAACAGAAAAGAUAAAGCUUCUUGCCAAAACACCUCUCACAACUAAUGGGACUGGUUUGGCAUUUCUGUCUCACAAAACAUUUGUAACAGGAGGGGAUGAUUCUGAUAACCAACUUUUGCAGGUUUGGAACGUUCUAGGAGACGAGUUAGAGACGACAACAACGCUAAAAACGGGGAACAAACUUACCACACACGUGUCAUGUACGGAGAAAUUAAUCGCAUCCGUUGGGGAGGAGGGUUUCCUUCAGGUGCACAUUCCGGCCCAGUCCCGGCCAGUGUACUCCACGAAGUGUGAAAUGUGCCUGAACACCUCCACCUUCUACUUGUCUCACAGUGUGUUGGUGGGUACCUCUGCUGGACAGGUACACUGUUAUGAUACCCGACAACAGGGUGAGAUGCCCGCUUCCACCAUGUCCAGCGAACUGGUAUCAAUACUGGGAAUAGCAGUGCACACAACGCAACCCUUUAUAAUAGCUAACUCUAGAUCUGAUGGUAGUCUACUGAUAUGGGACAUGAGGAAUAACAGAUAUCCUCUGGCUACUUUUGCAGGACACGCCAGUGCUAUAUGGGAAGUGCAGUUUGAAAAGGAGAAGUCAGACAACUUGUACACAUGCUCAGAGGAUGGUCAGUUGUUAAUGUGGAACGGAGCGGCUCUCAGUGGAGUUGGAGGAUUGCUGGGGGGAGGCGGGAAAGUGUCGCCCUGGUUAACUCCUGAGAUAUCUCACCAGAAGAUGGAUGUGUUCAACUUGUUAGGCAGCGAUAAUAAACUCAGUAUCAAUAGUUUUGAUGUACUGCAAGGAAAAGUUGUGUGUGGUGGAGCCAGACAGACUCUCUUUUGCACGGACAGUUGUGAUGAGUGACUUUAAAUUUUGUUUUUAAUCUUAAGUUUUAGGGAUGGAUUUGGUAGGAGCAGGUUUUUAUAUUUGUUUUGACUGGGAGCCGACGUUUCUUGUACCUAUGUUUAGGGCACGAGACAUCCUGCAGAAACGUUAAGUGAGAUGCAACGUGCAAUAAAAUACAAGGCCAAAAAAUGCGCGCGAAAUUAUGAAAUUUUGUACUAAAAUGGAACACGCAUCAAUAUGUUUAUAUUUAUUUGUGCGCAGCACGCCACUAUUUAUUGCAAUAUUUGUAGAAAAUGUGCUGUCACAUUCCUUUCACUCUACUAGAUUUGACGUACUACCGAUACCUGCAGCCUGGAGCUGACUUUAUUAUAAUAAAGAUAUAAUGCAUCUAAAUUGAUAAAUUUUCAUUUAUUUCGUAUGAAAAACCUUUCUUUUACUGUGAAA